UGGAAUAUUGACGAAUAUUCAGAUAGAUUUGGUUUUAGUGAUUUUCGUUAGCGUAAUAUUUUGAUGAUAAAAUAAUAUAGAAAUCAAAAACUACGAAGAUUUUCGCGAUACAAACCCAAGAAAAUUACAAAUAUUUCAGGAAUGUAGUAAAUUUUUCCUAUAUUUUACUACGUCUGUUAUGACAAAUUACAAAACGGAAGCCUUCUUUAAAAAACUUACAACUUUUGUUUAAACAUCUAAAAUGUGUUCUCCUUCAAUCUUAUCAUUUUUUAGUCAGUGGAGGCUAUGGAUUCGGCCUUUCUUUAUUGCUUUAUAUUUUAUAUUAGUUAUAAUUUUAGUACCGUUAUUGGUAAUUCAUUCUAUUAACAAUGGGUUUACGAAAUCUGACCAAGGUUCUUUAGUUGCUGGUGGAUUUGUUUUGAUGGCUUUACCGAUAUCGAUAUGGCAAAUAACGCAACAUAUUGUUCAUUAUACGAAACCGUCGCUACAAAAGCAUAUAAUCAGAAUACUAUGGAUGGUUCCAAUAUAUGCAUUGAAUGCAUGGAUAGGUUUGGAAUUUCCUGAGCAAUCAAUCUACAUGGACUCCUUGAGGGAGUGCUAUGAAGCUUAUGUGAUAUAUAACUUUAUGAUAUAUUUAUUAAAUUAUCUAAACGAUGGUCAAGAAUUGGAAGCAGUGCUUGAAACAAAACCUCAAGUCUAUCAUAUAUUUCCUUUAUGCUGCUUAACACCAUGGGAAAUGGGGAGUGAAUUUGUGCAUAACUGUAAGCAUGGAAUACUGCAAUAUACAUUGGUGAGACCUCUGACUACUGUAAUAUCAAUGAUAUGUGAACUAUGUGGUGUGUAUGGAGAAAGUGACUUCAGCUCCAAUGUGGCCUUCCCUUAUAUAAUAGCCAUUAACAAUCUGUCACAGUUUGUGGCCAUGUAUUGCUUGGUGUUAUUCUACAGAGCAAACCGUGAAGAACUUAAACCAAUGAAACCUAUUGGGAAAUUUCUUUGUAUCAAAGCCGUUGUUUUCUUCUCUUUCUUCCAAGGUGUUAUUAUCAAUAUUUUGGUAUACUGUGGAGUGAUAUCAACAAUAUUUGAUAUAUCUGACAAAGAUAAGAUAAAAGUCAUAUCUUCAAAAUUACAGGAUUUCCUCAUUUGCAUUGAAAUGUUCCUGGCAGCAAUUGCCCAUCACUACAGUUUCUCAUACAAACCAUUUGUGUCUCCGUUUGACCCUGAUCGCUCCUGUCUUGGCUCAUUCUUGGCAAUGUGGGAUGUUUCCGAUGUGAAAAGAGAUAUAACUGAACAUCUUGGUGUAGUUGGAAGUACAUUCAGUAGGCGUCUGAGAGGCAAAUCUAUGUAUCAUAUGGCACGAGGUUAUGAUGAAAGUUCUAGAUUAGUGACUGAACCGGUACCGUCCAGUUCAGCGCCGAAUUUGACAAUGGAUACGGAACCACCAAAUGUUGAUAUACGUUCAACGACAUAUGGUUCAAUAGAGAACACAGUAACAACAGGUUCAUUGAACUCUGAAACUGAACCACUGCUCACUGAUGUUACUAACGGAAUAGAUCCGAAGGUCUAAUAAU